GCGUUCAGCAGCAGCGCCGGCCACAUCUAUUUUUCCUUCUCACAUUUCUCCCAUUUUUUCCGCAGGAGCCAACACGAGCUUGGUAACGGCUUUGCUCAUCCCACUGCCGCUUCCUUCUCCCGGCCAAUGGCCUGCUGCCCCUCCGUCUCUCUAUCACACGGGGUUGCGUUCAGCAGCAGCGCCGGCCACAUCUAUUUUUCCUUCUCACAUUUCUCCCACUUUUGCAGCAGGAGCCGACUCGAGCGUGAGGAUGCCUCCGCUAACGAGUCAGGCCCCGGUUUUCGCUGCAGGAGCCGACACGAGCGUGAGGAUGCCUCCGCUAACGAGUCAGGCCCCGGUUUUUGCCGCAGGAGCCGACACGAGCGUGAGGAUGCCUCCGCUAACGAGUCAGGCCCCGGCACCCUCUAUGACUUUUCAACCUGAUAUUUUCGCCCACGGAUCGACCCAAAGCGUGAGGCUGCCUCCGCAAGCGGCUCCAGCGGCUUCUUUUUCUGUUGAUUCUGUUCCCCAGACCCGUCAGCCUUUCACGCUGGCUACCGCAGCACCAAUGCCCAUCCCACCCAACGCAUUGGCCUUGGAACCUCCCCCUGUCAUCAAUUCCAUCAGGCAACAGAUCCUCGCAGAAAUUGAGGCAGCCGGCAUCAGAAGCGGAUCUUCACCCAACACUAGUGCCUCCCUAUUCAACUAUAAUAUUCCCUUAAAUCAUCCACUCAAAGACCUUCUUACCGCCUCUCUAGAUACUAUACUCCAAGCAGUCUCAAUGGGAACUCUUCAAACCUAUCUGACAGCUUGGAGAAGCUUCAGAACUUUCCAUCAUUUACACCAGACCCCUUUAGCCAACUUCUCUCUACUUACCAUAACAUCAUUCAUAUCGUACCUGCAUAAAGUCAAACACCUUCGAAUCAGCACAAUUAAAGGGUAUAUGAGCGGAAUCCAAUUUUUUCACAAACUAAUGUUAGGUUCACCCUCAACUGCUAUCACUAAUCCCCAGACCGCCAUGCUUUUAAAAGGUAUUGAAAAAACCCAACCCAAGAGUCCAGAUCCCAGGUUACCCAUAACCAUAGAAAUCCUUUCAAAAUGUCUAGCCACUCUUCGCAAAGGCUACUCCUCAGUACAUACUGCCCGAACCCUAGACGCCAUGUUCGUGUUAGCCUUUUUUGGUUUCCUCCGCUGUUCAGAAUUCACUGUUUCAGCCACCUUUGACCCAAACCUACACCCAACCAUCUCUGAUCUAGCCAUAAUAGAUGACGAAGCCAUCUCAUUUUUUAUCAAACACAGCAAGACGGACCAAAUGAGAAAAGGACACCACGUAUACAUUUUCAAAAUUCAAACUCCCAUCCAACCAUACCAAGUUCUCAAAGCUUACACUUCCUACCGUUGCCACCAGAUUAAAUCCUCUUCCGACCCACUUUUUGGGGAUGAAUUCAACCGCCCAGUAACCCGCUUUUGGUUUCAGAAGCACCUAAAACAAGUUUUGCUAACAUCUGGCUUCCCCCCCCAUGAAUUUUCAAGUCAUUCCUUCCGCAUUGGAGCAGCCACAACAGCUGCUCAAAACGGACUCCCAGACUCCCAGAUACAAACCCUUGGCCGCUGGUCUUCGGAAGCUUUUAAAAAAUUACAUCAGGGCAGAUCGUGCUUCCAUCAAAGAAGCCCACCAAACACUCACGGCCCAGCAAACGGACAUAAGAUCACACCGUCACACAUAAACCCAUCAUCACCCUCGAUCCACUUCCCUGCCUCCGCAGAAGCUAGUACCGGCAACUCAAGCUGACACCCUCAUCAAAAUCUUACACAGCCCUACCGCAACAGAUUCCUUCUCAGAUAACAACAACUGUCGCAGCGCGACCGCUCUUGCAGAAGCCCAAGCUUUUAUUUCACUCUCUGCCACAGCAGAUGCCUUUUUUAAGCCAGUAUCGCAGCAGUGACCGCCCCCACAGGGGCCCGUGCUUCUUUCACUUCCUCUGUCAAUAAAACCUUCCCUUUCCAAC